GCUGCCGGUCUGUUCUGCUUACUGAGAGGAAGAUGGUGGACUUGACGACAGCAGCGUGCUCAAAACUCCGUCCUAAACACUUUGGAAAAUACCUAUUAUCUCAACCUGGUAUUAUAUAUAGAUUACCUGGGGACAAUUAUAGAUAAUACACAGUGAAACCCGCCGAGGAGAGUGACUUUUUACCGCCGGACAACUCUUUAUCAUUCCCAGACUGAAGGGAGCUGUGGAGCGUGGUGGUGGCUGGGGAAGGACGCUAGCCGACGAUAGCCAAAGUGUAAACAACAAGUGUGAAAGAAGGUGGACUUGUGGGAGCUUUUUCACCAGAGCCGGCGAGAUAAACCCCGGAGACCACCCAGCCCUCUGCUGCUGCUGCCUUCUCACCCACUGUCAACCCUGUGAGCAGCGGACGGACUUUACAGGACAGGUGGACUCAAAGGCAGGCUAACUUCAGCUAGCGAACCUCGGCUAGCUCUGUUGUGAACUGUGGAUCAAAGCAGCACUCACAAUGCCGCGGAGUAAAAAGGGGAAACGUGGCUACAGCAAGCCGGGUUCUCUUCGUCAGGAGGUUCUUCAGCUGCAGCUGUCGGCUAAAGCCUCGCUGAAAGGUAGUAAAAAUGGGUUGAAGGGAGAGUCGGGUGCCAGCGAUGAUGAGCUGAUGUCUGAUGUCCUCAGCCACUACAGCAGUGCCAGCGAAAGCACCUCUGUGCUGGAAGAGGGCACAGGAGGGGAGCAGGUGGAUGAGCAGACUGCCCAGGAGGAAACAGAAGACAAACUCAAGCAGUGUAUAGACAACCUGAUGGAUAAGAGCACUAAGACGCGUCUAGCGGGCCUCGAGUCGUUGCGACAGGCCUUCUCCUCCAGAGUCCUCUACGACUUCCUGACAGAGAGACGCCUCACGGUCAGCGACUGCCUGGAAAGGAGCCUCAAAAAAGGCAGCGGGGAGGAGCAGGCAGCGGCGGCCACAGUCUUCGCCCUCCUCUGUAUUCAGCUGGGGGGUGGAGACGAGGCAGAGGAAGGCUUCAAGAUGCUUCGCCCCAUCCUCACCGCCAUCCUGAUUGACAACAGUGCCAGCAUAGUAGCCCGCCAGAGUUGUGCCAGAGCCUUGGGGAUGUGUUGUUACGUCUCUGCUGCUGAAGACGGAGAGGAUUUGAUCAAGUCGUUGGCCCUUCUGGAAAGUGUGUUCAUGUCUUCCUACCCCAACAGAGAGGGGACGCUCCCCACACCCAAACCCGGCGGUCCAGGCCUCCACAGUGCCGCCCUGCAGGCCUGGUCGCUGCUUGUCACCCUUUGUCCUGCAUCUAGACUGACUGUACUGCUCGACCUUCACCUCCCCAAGCUGCAGGCUUGUCUGCAGAGCAGUGACGUCAACUACAGGAUCGCAGCGGGAGAGACCAUCGCCCUGCUGGUGGAGCUGGGACGAGAUAUAGAAGAGGAAUUCGAGGUGGAGGACAGCGAAACUCUGUGUCAGUGUCUUAAGAGUUUAGCCACAGACGGCAACAAGCACAGAGCCAAGAACGACAGGCGGAAACAACGCUCCAUCUUCAGAGAGGUGCUACAUUACAUAGAGAACGAGGACUUCACAGAGGAGAAGAUCAGGUUUGGGGUGGAGAGUGUUUACAUCGACAGCUGGAUGAGGAGAAGAAUCUACGAUGCCUUCAAAGAGAUCAUGGAGUCCGGAGUCAGACACCACCUACAGUUCAACCCACUACUGAGAGACAUCUUUGGCCUCGGCCCUCCCCUCAUCCUGGAUGCUGCUGUCAAAGCCAACAAGAUCUCUCGAUUUGAAAAGCAUCUUUUCAACUCGGCUGCCUUCAAGGCCAGGACUAAGCAGAGGAACAAAGUCAGGGACAAACGGGCCGACGUCAUGUGAGAGAGGGACGAGGAUGGAGUGAAUGAACGAGUAAGCGAGGACCUCCCUGGCCUAUAUUGAGAUGGAUACAAAAAAUGCCUUUGACGCUUCAGCUGUCACACACAGACCCAGACCCACACACAC